AUGAGUUUUUCCAAUGGGAAACAGGUCAAUCCUCCUUUCCUACAGGUGAGUCAUUGAUAGUAUAAUAUAUUUCUGAUGGUUAGUGAUAUUGUUGGUUGUAAUGUCUCUUUUUUGCUUUGAGCCGCAUAACGGUCGAGUUAGAAAUUUUAAAUUUCACGUUCGGGAGCGGUUUUUAUUGUUUUAUGAUAUUUUUUUGUCUUGUGUAGUUUUUAAAUUUAAAGAGAAUAUGAAUAACAGGUUUUAUAUCUCGGUAAUUUACAGGAGGAAGAAUACAUGGAAGAUGGAGACAUCGAAUACCCCUUUGAAGAGAUCACCGGCUCUGGGGAUGAGAACCGAAUCCGAGGGAACUGGUCCUCCCACAUGGACUAUUACCUCUCAGUUUUUGGAUUAACCUUUGCCCUCGGAAAUUUGUGGCGAUUUCCCAAUCAAGUCCAUAUCCAUGGCGGACUAGCCUAUCUAAUCCCGUAUUGUGUUCUCUUCAUCAUCAGUGCAAUUCCGAUAUUAUUCAUGGAGAUGAGUCUCGGCCAGUUUGUUAGUCUGGGCCCGACCUCGGUGUGGAAGGUCGCCCCGCUUUUUAAAGGUAAAAGGAUGAGAUGUGGCCUAGUUUUAGGUUUUAUAGUUUAAUUGCGGCAUUUUUUGUGAGGAUGACAAAGGAAUUAUUAUUUUUGUUGACUUUAGAGAUAAAAUUGCCGAUUUUGCUAAAUUUGUGGCCUUUGUAUCAAAAACUUAUUGUUAAUUUGAUUGUUUUGAGGUAUUGGAAUAGCCAUGGUCUUCAUCUGUUCAAUAACCGCAAUAUAUUUUCAACUGAUCACCAGCUGGUCGUUGAUGUAUGUCCUCAAUUCCCUCAAAUUCACAUUACCCUGGGCUUCUUGUGAUAAUUCGUGGAACUCUCCGUUAUGCUCGGUCUGGAAUAAAGGAGCUGUGGAGAAUUGCCGAAAUUCGAAUGGAACAAUUAUGAGCAAUGGAACGUGUAGUUAUUUUAUAUCAGUUGCUUCGAAUAUUACAAAUUCAACUGAGAUCACGAAUUUCCCGAAAAAUCAUGUCAUUCCGAGCUUGGAGUAUUUUCAGUAAGCUUUCAACCUGUGUACAGAGUUUUCAGAGGUGUUUUAUAAUAUAUUGUUUUACUUUCAGUAAUGAAGUCCUCCAAUUGUCGUCAGGAAUCUCCGAUUUCCAAACGAACACCUUCAAUUGGAAGCUCACAAUCUGCCUACUGGUAUCAUGGUCGGCUGUCUUCCUAUGUUCAUUCAAGGGAAUCAAGACCAGUGGAAAAGUAAUCACCUGUUUUGGAAGUUGAUGUUUACCAUAAUGUAUUUUAGGUGGUUUAUCUAACUGUAGUAACACCGUAUAUCAUCUUGUUCGUGCUUACUGUCCGUUUUAUGACUCUCCCCGGCUCAUUAGAUGGUCUUUGGCACUUCUUCUAUCCGGACUUUAAGGUUCUUCUUGACAUGCAGGCAAGUGAAUUAUAAAGUCAUGACUGGGCCAUAUACUGCAGUGUAAUAUAGAGUUUUGGUUGUUUUAGGUAUGGGGAGACGCUGCGAUCCAAGUAUUCUACUCCCUUUCCACCUGUACCGGCGGUAUCAUCUUGCUUUCGAGCUAUUCCAGAUUCCAUAACAAUGUCUUUAGAGAUGUCUGGGUUAUUGGAUUUGUUGACCUCAUAACUUCAGUACUGGUAUCAUCAUUGGUUUUCUCGGCAAUUGGGUUUGUUUGCUACGAAAUGGACAUGUAUCUGGAAGAAUUCAAACUUCAGGGUGAGUAAAACACGAUUCUUACAAUUAGGAUGACAUCAGUAAAAUGUAAAAUUAUUUGAUCUAUUGAUUAUCUGCAGACGGAAUCCAGUUGAUAUUUGUUUUCUUCGCCGAAGCCGUCUCAAAACUACCGGUAGCCCCGUUGUAUGCCUUACUUUUCUUUGUCAUGGUAGCUUUGAUUGUCUUCAACACCGAACUCUUCCUUGUGGAAACUGUGGUAUCAACAAUAGCGGAUGAAUAUCCAGAGAGAAUGAGGAAAAAUCAUCGACAUGUUAUGACGUUUACUGUCUUCCUCUUCUUUACACUGGGAAUCCCAUUCUGCAGUGGGGUGGGUUUAUUUUAUAUUAUUGUAGAGAUAGCGCAUUACUUUUUUUGUGGAUACGGGAUUGGGAAAAUGGGUGAUAUGUUUAUUCCAGGCUGGUCUUUACUGGAUAGUCCUUUUCGAGAAGUUUGUGGCGACAUGGUCUCUGAUUGGAAUUGCCUUUUUUGAGGUUACGGUGAUUUGCUGGGUUUAUGGCGCAGAUAAUUUCCUGGACAAUAUCCGAUGGAUGAUCCACUUUUAUCCACCCGUCUACAUUCUCUGGAAGGUGGUUUGGAAGUUUAUCUGCCCAAUGGUGUUCUUGGUAAGUGGAUGUUACACUUAAUGGGCAGUUUGAAUGUUUGGAAAGUAAUUAUAUCGACUCUUUUAGGGAAUACUGACCUGUAUUUGGCUAGACUAUAAGCCUAUUUCAUACAACGGAGUGCAAUUCCCCUUCUGGGCGACGGUUUUAGGAUGGGUAAUAUCCGCCGUCCCGUUGAUUGUAAUUAUCAUCACUGGACUCAUCAUGAUCUGCCGGGCUGAAGGCUCCAUCACCGAACGAUGGCAGCAACUACUAUGUCCGGAAGACGACUGGGGCCCAGCCUUGGCCGUCCAUCGGGCCGAAUAUUAUCCGUUGCAAAUCCCCGAAGCCCGACGUUUAAUGCCCCCGGCAAGGUACGUGUCAAGCGCUCCAUUCACUCCUGAAACUCCCAUCAAACAAAACAACGAUGAGUCGGCCGAGCUCAUCACCAGACGCCGCCAAGAUCGCGCCACCUACUCUUCGCCCGAACGCGAAACCAUAAUCUGA